CUUGGCUGUCCUGCAGUUGCGUAGCCAAAUUCUCUUCUUUGACCGGUAAAGGAAUAGGAAUCAGAGAAACAGAAGAGAAAUUAGCAUCAAAGGAAAGGUAGAGAUGUUCUUCCACAUAGUACUGGAGAGGAAUAUACAGCUUCACCCGCGCCACUUUGGCCGCAACCUCCGAGAUAAUAUCGUCUCCAAGCUCAUGAAAGGUGUCGAGGGCACUUGCAGUGGACGACAUGGUUUCGUCGUGGCAAUAACGGGCAUUGAGAACAUUGGAAAAGGACUCAUUCGUGAUGGUACAGGAUUCGUGACAUUUCCAGUGAAGUAUCAGUGUGUUGUCUUUAGACCGUUUAAAGGAGAGAUAUUAGAAGCGGUUGUUUCCAUGGUAAACAAGAUGGGAUUUUUUGCUGAAGCUGGACCAGUUCAAAUUUUUGUUUCGAACCAUGUUUACUACUCUUUUGAGUCCAGGAUCCUAACAAUUUGGUAUCAGAGUCUUGAUCCAUGGCUCAAGGUACACCGGCGAACAAUACCACAGAGCGCAUCUCUAGCUUAGAGGGAAGUCUCGAGGCGAUCAGAGAUACGGUUCAGUUGAUGAGAGCUAUAGUGGACCAUGUUCCUCAAUUACAAGAGGACGUCGUGGCCUUGGGAACCCGGAUCGAGGGCAUUCAAGGGUCACUCCACCGACUGGAGACCAUGCUUGGUCGCCGCCUGGAAGCCUAGUUGCCGGUACCACCAUGGCGGGAGCAAGGGCGCGACCGUGAGCGAGGGAGACAAAACGACUUGCCAGAUCGAGUCCGCGGCAGGAACGAUCACCGGGGAAGGAGACUGGAGCUGCCGAUAUUCCAAGGGGAAGAUCCAUACGGGUGGGUGUUCCGCGCGGAGCGUUAUGUCGCCAUUAACGGCGUGGAGAAUUCUGGUA